GCAAAUCUUGAUAUACUCUGUAAGUUUAAGUUUACAUGUGAGUUUUGACACGGUAUCGUAUAUUUUUGUUUAUAAAACCUUCAUGAAUCAAUGGCAUAUGCUUUGUUCUUUUAAGAUGGCCCUGCAACCGUAGCAUUGAGGUACAAUAACCUCACUCCAAUAGAGUAUGAAUUUAAAGUUAUUGAAGGAUCGUCGUUCACAAUAUUAUGUUCGGCCAACAGUAACCCAGCUCCUCGGUAUUCUUGGUCUGGUCAUGUAGCACAAGAAGGUGAUGUUCUGACAAUAAGAAAUGUGAGAACAGACAUGGAGAGAAAUGUAACAUGUAAAGCAGAAAACACCAUGAUAGAUAGUGUGGGAAGGAGUGUUGUCGGGACUACACUUGUAACCGUUUCAAUGGAAGUGUUAUACUCGCCUAAUGUACAACGUCUACAGAACCAAACCGUGCUACUGAACACUUCACUCACAGCUGUGUGCAAUUUGACUGAUGCUGGUAAUCCACCAGCCUCAAUCUUUGUAUGGAUAAGGAAGGACACUGGCAAAGUGAUUGGUACUGGACAAACACUUGUAAUAAAAAGCAUUAUAUUGGCAGAUGAAGGGGAAUACCAGUGUAAUGCUUCGAACAAAAUGCAACCAAUAACAAAUGAAGUGGUAUACGGAUUAAGUCAGUUGACAGUCUAUAUAAAUGUUGAAUACGGGGCAUAUGUACUGGCAUUCGAAGCAAAUCAAUCACACAAUAGCAUCGUUGUUAACCAGGGAGAAACAGUAGAGCUGUUGUGUGAUGCAAAUGGUGACCCAGAGCCUGUGGUUCGUGUAAUUAAUACUACCCGUGAGAAUGAAAGCAUCUUAGUUGAAAUAAAAGGACGUAAAGCUAAAUAUCACAUUCAACAAGCAAAAUGUGAAUAUGAUACUGGAAACUAUACAUGUUCGGCUAAUAAUCGUUAUGACGAAGGGAGACAGAUGCUGAGCGCCUAA